UUUUAUGGGAGAUUCCUACCGAAUAAAUAUUAACCUAUGAUCAAUAUUGUUGUUGUUUAUGAGUUUAUAUUUAUAUGAAACUAAAAUUAAGCAUUAAACGAUAAUACCAUAAAUCCGGCCAUUAACAGAAGUUCUGGUGAGAUAUUAUUAACUUCAUUGUUAAAAUUAUAAUUUCAAACUAAUUGAGAUUGUAAUAUAUAAAAAAUCCUAAAAGCCUUAAUCUAACCUCAAAAACCUCUUCUAUUAUUUUGGCUUUAUAACUAUGAAAUUCCGAUUUAACGGAGAUGCAGAUUGCCCUGACUGGAUCUUAGCGGAAAUCUACACACUAUCAAGGCUGUCUUCUGUUAAACUGAAAUCACUGGCACAACUGGUCAUCCAGGGAAUCCUUACUCCCCCAAUACAAAUAGAAAAGGUGGAAAAACUCUUCACUGAAUCCAAACUAGAUGUGGAGCUAGACCUAAAAUCAUCAAUAGCAUGCCUAAAUUACAUUUUAUCAGCCUCAGUGCGGUACGGUUGUAACAGCAGUGCUUUACAGUCUGAGCUUCAGCAGCUCGGCUUGCCAAGGGAGCAUAGUAAUUCUAUAAAGAGAGUUUACGAUGAGCAUAGUGCUACAUUGGCAGAGAACUUUAAAAUGCAGUCAUUAAAAGUGAAUAAUUUAGAGAGUAUUUCAGUGGAAACUGAUCCAGAAGUUGGUUGUGUGCUGACUUUAGGAAUAAAUGGUGAGAAAGUAACAGCAACUUUGCCAGAAAGUACUCUGGAUGGUCUUUUAGCUGAUUUGAAGCAUGUUAGAGGGAUUAUGGCAGAGUUAAAGGCAUCUGGAUAGGAGAGUCUUGGUAUAAGUUAUAUUGUUGAUUAAAUAUUUUAUUUUUAUUUAUUCACCUACUCAAUACAAUUAGAAUUUUUACAAAAUUGAUAGUGAAACUAUGAGCCAAUUCUUUAUUAAAUGUGAUAUGUAUAA